AUUUUUCGUAAUGCUGAAGGCACGGGAGCGAACCCCCCUGCUUGCUUCCGCGGCAUUGCGCGUUUGAUGUGAAUCGAUUACCUAUUGAAUACUGUGUUGUGAUUUUUGUCCUUUGUCUUGAACAAUAAUCACCCAAGGCCUGGCAUUGAUUUAAAACGGGUCUAUCAGUUGAAAGCAUUUGCAACAGAAGUAAAGCAUUCUUUUAAGCUUCACCAUGGACAUCUACAUGAUGAUCCGUCGUCAGAAGACCACCAUCUUCACCGACGCCAAAGAGAAUACGUCCGUGAUGGAGCUGAAGCGGAUCUUGGAGGGGAUCCUGAAGGUGUCUCCAGAGAACCAGAAACUCUUCAAGGAUGAAACAGAGAUGGAGGACACCAAAACUCUUCAGGACUGUGGUCUAACGUCAUCCACUGCGCAGGCGCACAAGCCCGCCACUCUGGUGCUCUGCUUCCGUCAGGAGGACGGCGAGUUUGAGGCGCCGGAGGUAGUGCCCUACUCGACCCCACCGGAGCUGCCCGAUGUGAUGAGGCCGCAACAGGAGACCGCCCCUGCCGAGCAGAUCGCCUCCUGAACUCCCCAAACGGUGCCGAAACCCCCUGUACAGUCCUAUAACGCGCGUGUCACAUGACUUCACUCCGGUGGGAUGGAUCGACAACCUCUUCAGACCGUUUAGCCGUCCGUGCCGCCGUGGGGUCUGCCGUCAUGGCCAGUUUCUGCAGCGGUACUCCCCCACGAAAAGCACCUGCCUCCGAGAAUUUACUGACGUCCACGGGGCUUGUGCAAACGGAAUUCAGCGGACGAAAUUACAUCUGCAACUGAAUUUGACUGAUGCUGUUUCAUACGGAUGAACUGGUAUCAAGUGAGGAGGCCGAACAGCGCUGCGUUGUCGUCCGAAACUUUGCAAUGGUCUGUCGCUGUGUGUCGUUGGUUUGUCAGACUAUAAGUUUGUCAUUGUGUCAAGAUAUGUCAAACUUCGAUAUCCUGGCAGGCUGAUAGUGCUCCUGAUUGCCAAACAAUAUAUCGAAAAUUGUCGGGCUGUGUCACUUUCAAUUAGGCAUACCAGACCAGUCUACCGGCUCUGCCAGGUCGGUCAGUCUGAUGUGAUUUUCAGAACCUGUCAGUUCCCUAGAGUCUUAUAUUCUGUCAGAAGUCCGUCAACGUUAUCAGUUUUCGUUGCACUUUGGAUCAGUUCGCCGCCCGCGUCCACUACGCCCGUCCAUCCUACUCUGUUUGCGGGAAGGGAGGUGGUGUCUCCCCUUCCUUCUGUCUUCGGGGAAGGGCUCGGUGCCUCUUUCUUCCCCCUGUCAGAGAGGAAGGGAAGCUGAUGUCUCUCCUUUUCGCCUGGGGGAAGGGGUCGUCGUCUCUUCUUCCCCUGCGGGAGGGGGCCCGUUGUCUACCCCCUGCGGGAAGGGACCCGGUUAUCUCUCCCUCCCCUAACUUGCUGUGCCGUUCGUUCGUCUGGUGGGAUAUCACGUCAGCCGAUUGUGAGCAGCUGCUGUAAACGAAGCGACGUCUCGUGACGUUGAAACGUCGGGCAAACUUUGAGCGGACAACGUGCGGACUUUGAGCGGAAGGCGUGCAGACUUUGGGUGGACGACGUGUGGACUUAUAACGGACGUCGUGCGGACUUAAGGUGGACGACGUGCGGACUUUGGGCGGACGUGACGUCUCGCAGACGUUAAUCAAGUGCGGCGGUGUGAUCGCGGACGUCGGCGGAACUUAACGAACGUUCGUGGAAGAAAAGUGUUCCGCACCGCUCAUAAUUAUAGGAGGAUUUGUCCCAGCGCUUCGUCUGCGCUCCACGCUUGGUAUGGAAAAUACAUACGAGACGUAUAUUGUGA